AUGGGUUUCAUCUCCAAGAGUCAUAUCAUUGCCUUCACCCGGGGUUAUCUCCUCCUCAUCGUUCACUGUACCAAAGUGUCUCUUUCUUCUCCUGAUCCUAUCCUAGAAGACGACUUUAGUGUGGCUGCAAAUUUCAAUGAUAAUCAGCUAAGUGUAUGCAAGCCUUGUCGUGACGACUCUACGUGGACUCACAUCGAGAUACCUCAUUCAGGAUCCUUUGAUCUCAUGUAUACAAAGAGAGACGAAACCUUCUACUUUACGGCUUGUGAGGGUUUAUUUAAUCUCACCAACAACAACGAGCUCAAGUAUAAAGCUCUACGCCUUCGAAACGAGCCACAAAUGUCAAAUCCAGACUCCUCGGACAUGUUGGAGAAAUGUCACAAGACCGAGCAUUUGGUGGAGUCACCCUCUGGUGAACUUUUCUUCAUCAAGUGGUACACAAAGAGCCAUUACGUACACGAAGUUUGCGGUAGCUACAAAAUUCGCCACAUUAGACCUCAACGGUUUAUGGUGUUUAGGGAAAAAGAGAAGAGGAGCAAUGACUUUUGUUACACGGAAGAUAUUGGAGAUCUCUGUAUCUUCCUUGGCAAGAUUGGUCUUUACGAUCUAGCUUCUGGUACGAUCCGUUCCUUUCGUCCAUGUGAUGAUACGAAGUUCAGUGAUGCCCGUUACUGGCUUCAUCCCACUAAUCCCAAGGGCACAGAAAAUGGCACAUAUGUGGCUUCUUGUUCUGGUAUCGAUGACUCGUAUUUACAUCGAUUCCAGAGUAUUCGAGCUUUAAGUGUCCAAGAUCUCAUCAAACCUGAACGAUGUGAGGAAAUACGGGAUGAAUUUCGUCUUCUUGGCGAGAGAAAAGUCACAAAAGCCGUGGAACUUGGUCAGGGUCGUGAGGAGGUAGUCGAAAAAGUCAUGAUAAAAUCCAUGCAACGUAAAGAAGAGGGGGUAGUUGAAAAAGUCAAGAAAAAAUUCAACAAGUUGGAGGAGCUUGAAAAAGAGGUAGUUGAAAUAGUCACGAAAUGUUCAGCUGCUGGGGCGAGCUCGAAGAAGUCUUCAUGUCGUCACCCAGAUCUAGCUCCUCGACCAGACAGGUUUCCUACCUACUCGCUCAUCGCUCAAAUUCAGCUUCCUUACCUACUCAGUUCAUCAUUCAGACUCCCACCAAGACAUUCUGAAAAAGUAGCGAAGAAAGUCAGAGGUAACAAAGAGCUUGAAGAAGAGGUAGUUGAAAACAUCACGAGAACAUUCAGCAAGUUGGAGGAGCUUGAAGAAGAGAUAGCUGAAAAAGUCACGAAGAAAUUCAGAGGUAAUAAGGAGCUUGAUGAAGAGGUUGUUGAAAAAAUCAAGAAAAUAUUUAGUGAGAUGGAGAUUACAGAAGAGGUGGUUGAAAAAGUCACGAAAAAAUUCAGCAAACUCAAGAAGCGUGAAGUAGAGUACAGACACAAUGAGCAGGAGAUUACAGAAGAAGUAGCUGAAAAAGUCACGAAAGUAUUCUUGUCAACACCCGAUGAUGACGAUCUUGAUGACUUUUUUUAUCGCUUGGAGAAGAAUCCGGAUCUGUAUUAA